GUAUCCGCAUCUCCAGAAGAAAUUUGCUCAUCUAAUGCCUUACAAGCAUUCAUAUUGGGAAGUUUAGGAUUCACUCCAAAAUUACUAGAAGGCCUGUUAAAAUUAGACGGUGAUAACGACGUUUUUGUAGGAGGAGCUUCUAUCCUUUUUAUGAUGGCUCAACUGGCAUUGUAUACAACAAAUGCACCGAAACAACAAAUAUUAAAGGCAUUGAGAUUCGAAAAUACUGACCAGAUCCGAUGCUUCUUUCCAAAAUUUGCUGUUGACCUGAAGAUGGUAGCAAAUCGAGUGGACCUAAACCUUGACUAUUUUUGCAAAAUUUACGCUGAUGACAAAUGCAUGCUCACUGAUCAAUUUAAAAACGAAAUUGAAGAACUUUUUACAGUAAGGCCGGAAAAUUUGAACUUCAGUGCUCCUGGUUCAGCAGAGAAAAUCAAUACAGAGGUGUUACAGUAUACCAAUAAUAGUAUCUUUAACUUCGUCAAGCCAGAAGUGCUGUCAGCGUUGGACAGUUUGAUGAUGGCGGAUGCUCUUAGUUUCAAGGGUGAAUGGCUGAAACCAUUUAACAGUAAAGAUACGGACCUAAAAUAUUUCUUCGGACCAAAGAAAAUAGUGAAGAGGCUCAUCAUGCAUCAAAGAGGUCAAUUUUUGUUUUAUGAUAGCAUAAAACUCGGUGCUCUGAUUGUGAAAUUGCCAUACAAAGCUGAUCCGGACUUUACAUUGGCCCUACUGCUACCAAGAACAAUUCACGGUGUUCCAGAAUUGGUAAAGAAAUUAAAAAAUGCUGAAGUCGUGCUAGAAGCGAUUAAUGCUUUAAAACUUCAAGAAGUGGACUUGUAUUUACCAAAAUUCAAUGUAACAGUGGCUAAUCUGCUAAAGGUUCCUUCAAUUCAUGCCAAUGUUAGUCUUAUAUUCAACAAUGCGACUGCUGGGUUAGAGAACGUUGCAUCGUGUGACAAGCCGUACGUCAGCGAAAUUCUUCAAAAGGUUACGUACCAAGUAGACGAAUCUGGUGUAGGUGAUAAAGUAGUCGAUUUCCCCAUGCCAGACCAACAGACAACAUCUCGAUCGAUUGGCCACACCGUACAUGUGUUCAAGGCAGAUCGACCGUUCGUUUUUUAUCUGUCCUAUCAGAAAAUACUCUUGGCUUCGGGAGCUAUAGUCCGCUAGUUCCAGCAAGUUUUCAGCAUUGCCCCCUUAGAUAAGUGUUUUUUUUGACUUGAGUAUACGCAGUCCUUUCCAUUAAAAUCCCCCAUAGUGAAUUCACUAGUUUAAAAGGGUUAUUUAUGAAAGACAGAUGAAUCUCCUUAUGAAACUUAAUUAUUAUACGCAUGAAUAAAAACCAUCCAUAUCGGAACAAUAUGCUUUCAAACAUUCUGUGUUGUGAAAAGAUUUCUAGUCAGCAAAGCGAAGAUCAGAUGAGGGAAGUGUAGACAGAAAGUUUUUCAUUAUUCCUAAUAAAUAUUUCAAUUUUAACUAAA